UUUUAUUGGAGUAUUUUGUAUGCAAAUUGUGACGAGUCAAUUGCGAUUUUUCUUCCGAGUUUGACAAUAUGGCGGAAAGCAGGAAGAACGCAUCAACAUUCUUCAGCAGUUUAACUUUCAUUUUAACCUUGUCAUUUGGUGCUAAAGCUUUGAGAUGUCUCUCUAACGAAAACAAACCUGUUGACUGGUUUAUAGGAUACAAGCUUCCAGAUUCAGCCAGGAAUGUUUCGGCAUAUUCCAUGAUGUACAUGGACAGUGAUAAUCCCAGCUGGAGGCUGGUGCCAGGAACCCUCGACACACCUCGCCAGGCCAUAUACUACACACUCUCAGAGAUAUACACUCGAAUGAAUAUAAGUGGUACAACGUACGCCAUGUACAACGAUGCAUUACCAACGAAUAGCGAAGACAUCGUGCCUAACCAAAGACGUGGUCACACAAAAGGAGUGCUUGGAUUUGAUAAGGAAACAGGCUUCUGGUUGGUUCAGAGCACGCCCAAAUUCCCCCCUGCGCGUAACCAUGGCUACAGCUUCCCAAAUAAAACAUACGCCCAGUCCUUCCUAUGUAUUUCAAUGGAAACUAGUAAAAACCUCAAUGCAAUUGGAAAACAACUUCAAUAUAACUGGCCAUUGAUUUAUGAUCAAAACCUGCCUAAAGAAUUUGCUGACAAGUAUGGAGAUUUUAAGGCUGCCCUAGAAGGAAACCAUGUUAUAUAUCCGCCCUGGUAUAGUGAAACAAAACUCGUCUCGUUGGCCGGAGUCACGUUCACCUCUUUUGCAAAAUACUGGAAGUGGGAAAAAGACUUGUAUGCUGACUGGCUGGCUUCGUCGUUUAAUGACUCGCUGCUCGUGCAGACCUGGCAUCGUGGGAACAGAGACAUGGGGUCUUCUUGUAACGGGACAAACAAGGUGAUGAACGUAGUCACUUUGGGGUUUAAUGCAAUAGGAUACAACUUUAAAUCGACCCAGGAUCAUUCAAAGUGGGCCAUAACCAAUUCCAGCAAUCUUGCCGGGGUCUGCAUUGGAGACAUCAACAGACAGAAAUCGCAGAUGAAGCGUUCCGGGGGUACGGUGUGUUUCCAGCAUAAAAACGUUUGGACGGCCUUCAAUGACCUCGUCAAAACGAUUGAGCCUUGCAAUAAUUAAUACAACAUCAUUCUGCCUGUUUUCUAAUCAACGCUUGCCCGAUUGUCCGCACGUUACAUCAUUCGCCAGAGGUGUUUUGUGUAUGUGUGUCAUUUAACCUGAACGUACUGCAACGAAUAUCUUGUAUUAGCCACUUUUAUUUUAGAAUAAGUUGAGCUUUCUAGAUCAUUUGAGACUUUAAUAAUGUGUGAGUAUUAACCGAAUUUACAGAAAUGCAUUUUUUUAUAAUCGAUUCCAAUAAUUAUAUGUAAGUUGACAGUUUUUACGUAUUCCACAAAUAUUUUAAUAUUAAGUGUAUCCUAUAUAACAAUUAUUUGAUGUUAUUUGUUGGGCAUAUAUCUCUGCAGCUUGUUGAUAUACUUAUGUCUGUUUCUUAAAAAAUGCUUACUAUUACAUACUGUGUAUUUCAUCUCCAUUGUCUGUGUACCGAUACUGUUGACCUUUUUUUAAAAUAUAUUUUUAUCAUUUGAACAUGAAUACCUGAAACAAAAUAUAGGGUGGAAUAUAGCAUCCUUACAUAAUUAAGCUUUCAUUCCUUUGAUCUUAUGAAAAUUUUGCAAAUUCAUGUUAUCUUUAAAACCUUCUUUGGUUGGCUCGGAGUGCUUUGGCAUGUGUCGUCAUUUUCUUCAAAUAUUUUACAUAGGUAAUCAUUUGGAAGAAAAAAAUUAGCUAAUAUAUGUCGCUUUUAUUUUUAAUAAUGUUUUCUUUAUUUGUUCCCAGUGUUAGUACAAUAAUGCUUUUUAUUAUGAAACUCUAUGAUCACACAGUUUUAAACCUUUUAUUUUAUAAGGCAGACUAUGUGUGAUGCUCAUAGUUUCAAAUAAUGACUGCAUCGUAUCUUUGAAAAAGUUUUGCAUUAGGUGCUUUGAAUUGUAUCACUCCAUCUUACCCCCCAGUAAAUUUACAUCUUACUUACCGUUCCAAGGCGGUACCUAACAAUCCUUGAUAAACGUACCUAUAUAUAUAUAUAUAUAGUAUAUAUGCACUGUGCUGUUUGUGGAGUUUUGUGCUGUUCUUCCUUGUUUCUUUUUUUGAGUUCUAUGUCUUUGGCGUUUACCCAGUGCCAUUAAACCGGGUUUAUGUUUAAAUAUUUUGCUUCUGAGCUUGUUUCUGUAGUUGUUCACAUAGGUAUUCUAAUAAAGCUGAGCAAACAUGUA